AUGAAAGCCGAACUCGGUGUGGGUUUCAAACUGUUUGAAGAAAAAUACAUGUCAAGAGUAACCUGUCGGAAGCCAGAUAUGGUUAAGGCUGUUGCUGCUGAUGCAAAGCUCUUUAAUGACAUGUCGACCACUUGGCGAUUCACCCCAGAUUUACCCUCCUCUCAGCUAAAUUCAGCUUUAGCAGCGGAUCAUCCAGCUUGUUGGGUUGAUUUUGACAUUGCAUUUGAGUUUGCUUCUCCUGUUCAUGCACAAGCUUCCUCUGUCUUUUUCGAUCAGGUAUCGAAAAUGAUGUUGCAGGCUUUUAUUGAUCGCUGCCAUUCUCUCGGUACAACCGCCAUCGGUGUUCAGACCUCUGAAGGUGUUGUUUUAGCUGUAGAAAAGCGUGUGUCUUCUUCUUUAUUAGAGCCCAGCUCAAUCGAAAAAGUGAUGGAAAUUGAUACACACUUGGGUUGUGCUGUCAGUGGUAUGACUGCCGAUGCUAGAACCAUGAUUGAACACGCUCGAGUUGCUGCUCAAAACCACAGAUUUACUUAUGAUGAAAAGCUCAAAGUUGAAAGUGUUACUCAAAGUGUUUGUGAUUUGGCAUUAAGAUUUGGUGAAGGUGCUGAAGGUGAAGAAUCUAUUAUGAGUCGUCCUUUCGGUGUUGCAUUACUUAUUGCAGGUGUUGAUGAAAAUGGACCUCAACUCUUUCAUGCUGAUCCCUCAGGCACAUUUAUGAAAUACCAAGCAAAGGCUAUUGGUUCAGGUUCUGAAGGUGCUCAAACUGAAUUGCAAAAAGAAUACCAUAAGUCAUUGACCUUGAAAGAAGCAGAGAAACUUGCUUUGACCGUCUUAAAAUCUGUCAUGGAAGAGAAAUUAAACAAAACCAACGUUCAAAUUGCAUCUGUCACACCAGAACAUAACUUUAGAGUUUAUUCAGAAGAAGAAUUACAAGCUGUCAUUGAUAGAUUGUAA